UGGCAGAUCACCACUUACUUAAAGCGCAUUUUCGAAGCCUCACUCUGGGAUAUGUCACGCGCUGGCUGUUCUUCUCAUGCCGAUGGAUCUGCUUCGUGAUAGCUCGUUGGGACAACUGGUCCGAUUCGUUACCGGUAAGCAAUGCCUGUUGUAUCCCGAGGAGCGAGCGAGCUUCACGUAUCCUGAGGAGAUUGCGCUAUCCAGAAGGCUGGGACCGGGCUUGGAGGUCAGCCAGGCCCAAAGUACCCUGCAGGCUCGCCAGGGUGAUGAAGAAACAGGCCUGGCACAUGGAAAGGACAUUAUGUUGGUGGGAUGGUACGACGAGAUGGAUGCCGAGAAUCCUCAGAAUUGGAGUACAUGGAAAAGGUCCGUCGUCACGGCCGUGCUGUGGCUGUAUACAUUCACCGUGUACUGCGCAUCUGCCAUCUACACCCCCAGCGUCGACGGCGUGAUGGCGGAGUAUGCAGUUGAUCACACCCUCUCGACUCUGGGCCUCUCGCUUUACGUGCUUGGCUACGGCAUUGGGCCUCUCAUCUUCUCGCCGAUAUCUGAGAUUCCUCGCGUCGGCAGAAACGCUCCUUACAUGAUAACUUUGUUUCUUUACGUGUUGAUGGCCGUCCCGACGGUUCUGACGCGCCAUUUCGCCGGCUUCCUGGUGCUGCGGUUUCUCACGGGCUUCCUGGGUUCCCCGUGCCUUGCGACGGGUGGUGCGACCCUCCAGGAUAUGUAUUCGCCGUUAAAACUGCCCUACGGCUACACGGCCUGGGUAGGGGCUACUUUCUGCGCACCAGCACUCGGUCCUGUCAUUUCCGGGUUCGCGGUGGCUGCCAGCGGGGAUUGGCGGUUGUCCUUGUGGGAGAUCCUAUGGAUGGCUGUCUUGACCUUCGUGGUCAUGUUUGUCGCCUUCCCCGAGACAUCUGCCCCCAGGAUUCUGCUCGGUCGAGCCCAGCGCAUCCGCAAGCGGCUACACGACCAGCGAUAUAUCGCCCAGUCCGAAAUCGACGAGGCCAAUCUGGCGCCCCGACAUGUUCUCAUCAACGCUUUGAUACGCCCUCUCCAGAUUACCGUCAUGGAUCCGGCGGUGUUUUUCACCAACCUCUAUAGUUCCUACAGCUACGGUGUAUACUACAGCUUCUUCGAGGCGUUCCCGCUUGUCUAUACGGAUAUGUAUGGAUUCAAUCUCGGCUUGACGGGCACUGCUUUCUUGUCAAUCGUCGUCGCGUGCCUAGUCGGUACGUUGGUUUAUUUGACCUACGUUUACUGGUACCUGGAGCCUAAAAUCAUAGAGCACGGACCCGGCGCUCAGGAGCAGCGUCUCGUCCCGGCAAUAUUCGCUUCAUUCCUGCAACCAAUCGGGCUAUUCUUGUUCGCCUGGUCCAGUCGGCAGAGCAUUCACUGGAUCGUGUCGAUGGUCGGCGUUGCACUGUUCAGCACCGGGGGAUUCGUCCUCUUUCAAGGAAUCUUCAUGUAUCUUCCGUUGUCGUACCCUCGUUAUGCCGCAAGCCUGUUCGCUGCGAAUGACUUCUUCCGAUCGGCCUGGGCGGCCGGGGCCGUGCUCUAUGCGCGUCCACUCUUCGACCGCCUGGGAAUUGCUGGAGGCGUAUCGCUCUUAGGCGGUCUAUCUUGUGGAGGGGUGCUUGGAGUAUCGGCCCUGUACAUGUAUGGAGCCGGGUUGAGGUCGAGGUCUAAGUUUGCCGAGACUUAAGGUUAUCUUUCUGCUUAGUGAGAGAGACAUGGGAAACAUGCGACAGAUUAUGAUCGUCCUGGCGCCCUCGGUGCCCAUGUUAGUGUCGAUGUAUUC